AUGGCCGAGCCUACUGGUCUCAUCGCCAAGAGUGGCAUCGAGCUCCUGACCUUCGGCACGCCCAACGGCUUCAAGGUCAGCAUCCUGCUCGAGGAGCUCAAGGAGGCCUACGGCCGCGACUACACGUGGCAGUCGAUCAACAUCAUGAAGAACACGCAGAAGGAGCCGUGGUUCACGGCGCUAUGCCCCAACGGGCGCAUCCCGGCCAUCGUGGACCACGACAACAACGGCUUCGCCGUCUUCGAGGGCCUGGCGAUUUUGGGGUAUUUGACGCGGCGGUACGACCCGGAGCACCGCUUCAGCUUUCCCGUGGACAGUGAUGAUUAUACGGUGUGCGAGGAGUGGAUGGCAUGGCAGCACGGUGGUUUGGGCCCCAUGCAGGGCCAGGCCAACCAUUUUCAUCGCUUCGCGAAGGAGCGCAUCGCGUACCCGACGCAGCGAUAUGUGGGGGAGAGCGAGCGCCUCUACGGUAUUUUGGAUGCGCGGCUGGCGGAGCGCGACUUCGUGGCCGGUCCCGGCCGCGGCAAGUUCAGCAUCGCCGACAUGAGCCUGCUGGGCUGGGUCAACAUCGCCACCUUCAGCGGGCUCGACAUGGGCAUGUUCCCCCACGUGCAGAAGUGGCUCGACCGCUGCAUGGAGCGGCCCGGCGUGCGGAAGGGGUUCGCAGUGCCUAAUGUUAGCGGGUUGAGCAAUGAGAAGAUUGCGGAGGUGAUCGAGAGCGAUCCCGAACAGAAGAAGAAGACGGAGGAGGCGCGGAAGUUCCUGGAGGAGGCUAAGGAGAAGUAUGGGUAUAAGUACUUGUCACCGUAA